UAUUAUUUUUAGUUUGGGUCGUGUUGGUUUGGGGCCGGCGGAGUGGCCAAAGCGACCACAGUGGCUACUCCAGCACCACCCUGCUUGCCUGCCCACGGCGCGGUCGCGGGUCCCCGAGGACCCAAAGAAUCCGGUGUCCUUAACAUCGCUGCCUCCCUGGCGGGGAAAGUGUCCUGGUCUAGGGAGGCUCGGGCUGUCGGGGCCGCUGCGCUGGCUUUGUUUUCUGCGCCCCCCUCGCAAGCACUCUAGGCGGACGUGGGUCUGGGGCUCCCGGCAGUGGCCCGGGAGCUGGCCCGAGACUGCUGGCACCCUGCAACACUGGGAAUACGAGAGAAGCCGGUAGCUAACUCUAAAAGCCCUGCAAAGCCGGGCAAGUGCUGGCAGCGCGACUUUGCAAGAUGCCCAAAUGUUGAGCUGAUUGCUGGCGUGAUUGUUUCUCUUUAUUCAGAAGCAUAAAGUUGUUUGCUGAUUGCCAGAAGAUGUUUCUUUGGCUCUUUCUGAUUUUGUCAGCCCUGAUUUCUUCGACAAAUGCAGAUUCUGACAUAUCGGUGGAAAUUUGCAAUGUGUGCUCCUGCGUGUCAGUCGAGAACGUGCUCUAUGUCAACUGUGAGAAGGUUUCAGUCUACAGACCAAAUCAGCUGAAACCACCCUGGUCUAAUUUUUAUCACCUCAACUUCCAAAACAAUUUUUUAAACAUCCUCUAUCCGAAUACAUUCUUGAAUUUUUCACACGCAGUAUCCCUGCAGCUGGGAAAUAAUAAACUGCAGAACAUUGAGGGAGGAGCCUUUCUUGGGCUCAGUGCAUUAAAGCAGUUGCACUUGAACAACAAUGAAUUAAAGAUUCUCCGAGCUGACACUUUCCUUGGCAUAGAGAACUUGGAGUAUCUCCAGGCUGACUACAAUUUAAUCAAGUAUAUUGAACGAGGAGCCUUCAAUAAACUCCACAAACUGAAAGUUCUCAUUCUUAAUGACAAUCUGAUUUCAUUCCUUCCUGAUAAUAUUUUCCGAUUCGCAUCUUUGACCCACCUGGAUAUACGAGGGAACAGGAUCCAGAAGCUCCCCUAUAUCGGGGUUCUGGAACACAUAGGCCGCGUUGUCGAACUGCAACUAGAAGACAAUCCUUGGAACUGCAGCUGUGAUUUGUUGCCUUUAAAAGCCUGGCUGGAGAACAUGCCAUAUAACAUUUACAUAGGAGAAGCUAUCUGCGAAACGCCCAGUGACUUAUAUGGAAGGCUUUUAAAAGAAACCAACAAACAAGAAUUAUGCCCCAUGGGCACGGGCAGUGAUUUUGAUGUACGAAUCCUGCCUCCGUCUCAGCUGGAGAAUGGCUUCACCACUCCCAAUGGCCACACUACCCAAACGUCCUUACACAGAUUAGUGACCAAACCGCCGAAAACGACAAACCCUUCCAAGAUCUCUGGAAUCGUGGCAGGCAAAUCCCUCUCCAACCGCAAUCUCAGUCAGAUCGUGUCUUACCAAACGAGGGUGCCUCCUCUUACGCCUUGCCCAGCACCUUGCUUUUGCAAAACCCAUCCUUCGGACUUGGGACUGAGCGUCAACUGCCAAGAGAAAAAUAUACAGUCCAUGUCUGAACUGGUCCCGAAACCUUUAAAUGCCAAGAAGUUGCACGUCAACGGCAAUAGCAUCAGAGACGUGGACGUCUCAGACUUCGCCGAGUUUGAAGGACUGGAUUUGCUCCAUUUAGGCAGCAAUCAGAUUACGGUGAUCAAGGGCGACGUAUUCCACAAUCUCACUAAUUUACGCAGGCUGUAUCUCAACGGCAAUCAGAUUGAGAGACUCUACCCCGAAAUAUUUUCGGGCCUUCGUAACCUGCAGUAUCUGUAUUUGGAAUACAAUCUGAUUAAGGAGAUCUUAGCAGGCACCUUCGACUCCAUGCCCAAUUUGCAAUUGCUGUAUUUAAACAACAAUCUCUUAAAGAGCCUGCCUGUUUACAUUUUCUCUGGAGCGCCCCUGGCUAGACUGAACCUGCGGAACAACAAGUUCAUGUACUUGCCCGUCAGCGGGGUCCUCGAUCAGCUGCAGUCUCUGACGCAGAUUGACUUGGAGGGCAACCCUUGGGACUGCACUUGUGACUUGGUGGCAUUAAAGCUGUGGCUGGAGAAGCUGAAUGACGGCAUCGUGGUGAAGGAACUGAAGUGUGAGACACCCGUCCAGUUUGCCAACAUUGAACUGAAGUCCCUCAAAAAUGAAAUCUUAUGUCCCAAACUCUUAAACAAGCCAUCCGCGCCAUUCACGAGCCCCGCACCUGCCAUCACCUUCACCACCCCACUGGGUCCCAUUCGAAGUCCUCCCGGUGGCCCAGUGCCUCUGUCUAUUUUAAUCUUGAGCAUCUUGGUGGUCCUCAUUUUAACAGUGUUUGUUGCUUUUUGCCUUCUUGUUUUUGUGCUGCGACGAAACAAGAAGCCCACCGUGAAGCACGAAGGCCUGGGGAACCCGGAGUGUGGCUCCAUGCAGCUGCAGCUCAGGAAACACGAUCACAAGACCAACAAAAAAGACGGACUGAGCACAGAAGCUUUCAUUCCACAAACCAUAGAACAGAUGAGCAAGAGCCACACCUGUGGUUUGAAAGAGUCCGAAACCGGGUUCAUGUUCUCGGACCCGCCGGGACAGAAAGUCACUAUGAGGAACGUGGCCGACAAGGAGAAAGAUUUGUUACAUGCAGACAGUAGGAAGAGACUGAGCACCAUCGACGAGCUGGAUGAAUUAUUCCCGAGCAGGGAUUCCAAUGUGUUUAUCCAGAAUUUUCUUGAAAGCAAAAAGGAGUACAACAGCAUAGGUGUCAGCGGCUUCGAGAUCCGCUAUCCGGAAAAACAACAAGACAAAAAAAACAAGAAGUCGCUGAUAGGCGGCAACCACAGUAAAAUUGUCGUGGAACAAAGGAAGACCAGCGAGUAUUUUGAACUGAAGGCAAAACUCCAGAGUUCCCCCGACUACCUACAGGUCCUUGAGGAGCAGACAGCUUUGAACAAGAUCUAGGUCAUGCAGUCUUACUUCACACAGAGGACAUUUAUUUAAUGAUGAAAGUGCCUUUUGUUGACUCCUGACUUCCAAAUACUAUAUUAUCAAUAGGCAUAGAGGCAGGUGUUUCCAAGGGUGUCUCAUUAACUGUAGCUGCAAAAGAUGUGUCCGGUAGAAGAGAAUUUCCUUAAUAGAUUUUACUACAUAAAACCUAUACUGUGGAGUCCUGUGGGGAUACUGCAAACUCUAUUGCCAAAGGGAUGCUUUAUAUACAUAAAACACUGAAUUUAACCUCAAGAGGCAAAUCUGUUUUGUACCCCAAUGCAAAACCUUCGUCUCUUUGUGCUUUGUAAAGCAGACUCAAGAAAACUGGUACCAGUGUUUGUACCUCAGCUGGGUCUUUCAUUUUGCACGUAGAUUAAGUUGGUGGAACUGGAAUAAUCCUUUCGAUUCGUGGCAUUGUAACAAUUCUGCGUAAAGAUGAUCUGAAAAGUAAAAACACAAAAAAAACCAAAAAAACAAAAAAACAACAAAAAAAGACAAAAACAAAACAAAACAAAACAAACAAAAAAAAAAGCAUGCAAAGAGAGAACAUUCGAUAGUAUUUGUAAAAUUGGUAAACUUUAUGGCCUGCAUCUUGAAACCGCUGGAUUUAUAAUGUUAAAUUGUGCAAAUAUUUGUUUAAAAUAUACCAUGCAUUACAUAACUAUAAAAUAAAUUUGAACACUUUAAGCA